ACGUGUGUAUACUUGUAUACUUUGUUGUGUAAUUUGUACGUGAAAUGUCCGAAAAUGAUAAAACAUUUGAUAAAGUUAAAUAAUUGUAAAGCAAAAUAACGUAUCACCGGAGAAAACAUGGGUUUUUUAGAUGAUCGUGACCUUGAAAAUGUGCCAUCUAUACAGGAAUAUUACAAGGGAAAAACGAUUUUCAUCACUGGAGGAUCAGGCUUCAUGGGGAAAGUUUUGGUGGAGAAAUUGCUUUACUCCUGUUCAGAUCUAGAUAGAAUCUAUCUUUUGCUGAGGAAUAAAAAAGGUGUAAAACCGGAAGACAGACUGGCUGAUAUAUAUGCUUCUAAAUGUUUUGAUCGUCUAAGAAAAGAAAAACCGGAUAUAUUCCAGGAGAAAGUGUUUUUUAUCGCUGGGGACGCGAGUGAAAUUGGACUAGGUAUAUCAGAUGAAGAUAGAACCUUGAUUAUUAACAGAACGAACAUACUUUUCCACGUUGCUGCUAGUGUCAGAUUUGAUGACUCGUUAAAAGUGGCUGCUAGACUGAAUCUACGAGGAACCAGAGAAAUUGUGGAACUGGCUAAGGACAUAAGGAAUCUGGAAGUCCUUGUGCACGUGUCAACGUCCUACGCAAAUACAAAUAGGAAACAGAUAGACGAAGUUAUUUAUCCCGCAUUCGCUGAUUGGAGGGAAACUUUGAAUAUUUGCGAAAAUGUAGACGAUCACACGUUGAAUGUCCUAACACCUAAAUAUUUAGGAGAAUUGCCUAAUACGUAUGUGUUCACGAAGCAACUGGCGGAACACGUAAUGACCGAACAGAAAGGCAAACUGCCUAUCGUCAUUAUGAGACCAUCGAUUGUGAUAUCAAGCGCUAGCGAACCAUUGGUGGGGUGGGUUGAAAACUUAAAUGGGCCAGUUGGUAUUUUGGUGGCUAGUGGAAAAGGAAUUCUACGAACUCUAUAUACGGAUCCAGAUAUACUCUCCGAUUAUAUACCUGUUGAUGUUGCUAUUAAGGCUUUUAUUGCUGGAGCCUGGGCGAGAGGUGUUAAAAAAUUGGAACCUACAGACGAUAUAGAGGUAUAUAACUGUUCUACCAGCCACAUGAAAACGAUGACCAUCGGUGAAAUAGUUGACUUCGGGAAGAACUGCAUCGUCCGUGAGAUCCCGUUGGAGGGAAUGCUGUGGUCCGUUGGAGGGUCAGUCACGCGAUCACAGCUUGAGUACUACUUAAAGGUACUCUUCCUACACUUGUUACCAGCAAUCCUGGUAGACUUGGUUCUUCGAAUUACUGGAAAUAAGCCAAUGCUCGUUAAAGUGCAACGCCGCAUAUACGUAGCUAAUCUAGCUCUUCAAUACUUCGUGACACAGCAAUGGACGUUUACAAACAAAAAUAUCCUUGAACUUCGCUCUAGGAUCAAAAACGAAGACAAAGUACCGUUCUACUACGAAAUGGAGACAAUUAUUCCGGAAGAGUUUUUCAGAAAUGCCUGCAUAGGUGGGAAGGAGUUUAUUUUAAACGAAAGAAUGGAAAACCUACCUAAAGCUAAGGCGCAUUUUAGAAGAAUGGAGCUUUUGGACAGAGUCGUUCGGACUAUAAUACAAGGAUAUUUAUUCUGGUUUAUUGUCAAUACGGAAUUUGUUACGGAGAUUUUUCGGAAGAUAUCGAAUUUGACUGUUUGAUAAUGGAAUAAUUUGUAAGAUUAUUUUCAUAACUUCAAAGCAUACGAUGCCGCUACAUAGAAAACCAUUGUUAAUGCCAACAUUUUGAAUUUUUAUGGCCAAUUAGGCCAACGUUGGACAUUUCAACAGUCGUAACUAGUAUGUAAUGCUUUAAUAAAUUAUACUUUAUAGUUGAA